AUGUAUCUAUCUAUCUAUCUAUCUAUCUAUCUAUCUAUCUAUCUAUCUAUCUCAGCCUGUUUCUAUCUAUCUAUCUAUCUAUCUAUCUAUCUAUCUAUCAGCCUGUUUCUAUCUAUCUAUCUAUCUAUCUAUCUAUCUAUCUAUCUAUCUAUCUCAGCCUGUUUCUAUCUAUCUAUCUAUCUAUGUAUCUAUCUAUCUAUCUAUCUAUCUCAGCCUGUUUCUAUCUAUCUAUCUAUCUAUCUAUAUAUAUAUAUAUAUAUCCACUGUCUCUCUCUCUCUCUCUUUCUCUGCUUAUCUUUCUCUUUCUCUCUUUUGCUUUUUCUUGUUUUCUGCUUAUUUUUCUCUUUCUUUCGCACUUUCUCUUUAUUUAUAUCCAACCACGCUCUCCCCACUCUCUCUCCCUCUCUCUGCUUAUCUCUCUUUUUCUCUCACACCUUCUCUUUCUGUCCUAUUUGUCUACCUUUUUUAUAUAUUGCACUAUUUAUAAUCAACCAUUCUGUCUCUCUCUGCUUAGCUACAUCUUUCUCUCACACUUUUUCUCUCUCUCCCUCUAUUUGUCUAUCUACUUUUGAAUUCUUUGAUUCUUCUUUUCUCUUUUUAAUUCCAAAUUCAUAUUUUCUUUCUCUCUCUCUUUCUCUCUUUCUUUUUUGUUUAUUUCUUUCUUUCUUUCUUUCUUUCUCUCUCUCUCUUUUUCUUUCUCUCUUUCUUUUUCUUUCUUUCUUUCUGUUUUUGACUAGAUUUUUCAAUUUUCUGUCUUCCCAAUCUUUUGUUUGUUUGUUUGUUUGUUUGUUUGUUUGUUUGUUUCUUUCUUUCUUUCUUUCUUUCUUUCUUUCUUUGACUAGACUUUUCCUUUCUUUAUCUCUGGUUUUUAUUUUAUUUUCUAUUUCCAAGUUUUUUGUUUGUUUCUUUUAUUCUUUGAUUUUUUUUUCUUCCUGUUUUGACCAGAAUUUUUCAAUUCUUUGGUUUUUAUUUUAUUUUUUUGAUUUCCAAAUUCUCCCUUCCUUCCUUCCUUCCUUCCUUCCUUCCUUCCUUCCUUCCUUCCUUCCUUCCUUCCUUCUUUUUCUUUCUUCUUCCUUCCUUCCUUCCUUCCUUCCUUCCUUCCUUCCUUCCUCCCUCCCUUCCUUCCUUCCUUCCUUCCUUCCUUUUUUUCUUUCUUCCUUCCUUUAA